AAACACUCUCCAGCGAAUAAAGUUAAGUAAGGAAUUCAAAGCUCUUCCAGACCUGAUAUUAUGCUGUCCCCGUCUUUUCUUUCCGCCAUUUGCGAUCUCUCAACCAUUCUUUUUCGUGUGGAACGACAUAAGUUGCCGCGAAAUAAUUGCACACCGUAAAUCUCGCAACCUAAUUGAUUCUGUUUUCAACGUCGUGUUUGCGCAAAGCCAUGCCCCGUCCGCUUCAGUUUUCGCUUCAAAAGACGCACGCAAAAGCACAACUGGCCUCUCUCCAAUUUUCCACCUUCUUUUUCGCGUUCAAUCGGGGCAAGAAUCGCCCACACGCCGUACAUCUCCUUCGCACUCUCCUUUCAAGGGUGUGCCUAAAUGAUACUAUAAGAUUAUGCUUCCCCAGAAAAGAAAGAAAUCUUGGGAUUUCAUUGAAUGUCACAUCUUUUUUGCUUGAUAUAUUGUAAAGAAUCAACAGAGCUUUUUUGAUAUAUCCACUUCGAUUUAUGGGGAAAAUUGUCUGAGUGGCAACAAUGGAGAGAAAAAAGCUUAAUUUCAAUGCCCCUCUUCUAUCAGUGAGGAGGAUCAACAGUGGUCAUCAGUCAGAGAGAGUACGCAGAAAGCACAUUGAAAAUCCAUUGCCUAACAAUAGAGAGCAGUCCGUUUGUGCCCUGCAACCUGAUCCUGAGUUGACUGAGGCUACAAGCAAAACACUUGCAGUCCCAUUUUGUUGGGAACAAGCCCCCGGAAAACCCAGAGGUGAAAAUGGAGGUGAAGUCCACCGAUAUGAGAAUAUGCUCCAUUUGGGUAGGAAACCAAAUUCCAGGCCCCAAUCUAAUGAAAUCCCUCCAUUCAAAGAUCACGGUGCUUUACUGGACAGCUUGGUAGAGCGUAUGUAUGCAAAAGGGGAGUUUGAUGCUCAAAGACGGGACUACUCUUAUUCAGAGGAGGAAGGCUUAGAUGAUGUGUUCAUGAUGAGGCGUUCCAUACGUGAAUCGAAAGCUGGUUCCAUACGUGAAUCAAAAGCUGUGGUUUUGGUCACUGAAGAGCCAAAGCUGGUGAAGAACAAGUCAGUUGCAGUGGAAAGAAGGCAUUAUUAUUAUAGUGAGUAUGCAGAUGAUGCAGCCAUUGAGUACGAUGAACACGAAGUGACUAGUUAUCAACACAAAAGACCGCAUAAGUUUUGGAAGCUUUUCCAUCGGCUUCGUGUUAAGAGUUCGUCUGAGGGACCAAAGACAAGAAACCCUGAGGCCUCCCCAUCAUUAAUAAAUGGGCCUGGAAGAAAAACUGGAAAUACUCUUCUUAGCAGAUCUCGUAGCCAGUCCAGAAAAGCUUAUAGUGGACCUCUUGGAAAGCCUUGUGAUUCAACCUACCAGCAAAGAUUUCAUUCUGGGGCGUUAUCAGGGGAGCUAUUUAAAGUGGGCAAAAGAAACAUAUCCAACCAGAUGUCUCACUCCAGAAGUGCCACUGCAUCUCCUGUCCGGAAUUUUGCUUCUUCAUCUCAUUCUAGUGACCGGACAAGAUUUCUCGGGGUACCAAGAGAAUUGGAGAAUUUCAAAGGUGGUUAUCAUCAUCAUGACAUUCUGACAUGGAACACGCACACAGGAGGAUCAAAUUCACCCAUCAACGCGGUUGAGAAAACAGUAUAUGUAGAUUCUGUGAAUUAUGUGAAAACUCCCAGUCUUGAUUCGUUUCAUUCAAAACCCAAGGCGGUUAUCGAAACUUUGAGUCAUGUGAAACCUCCAGAAGAAUUGAAGGGCAUCUCAGAUAGGGGCAAAGGUUCAAAAAACAUGAAUCAAGAGCGGAUAAAUCAGCAACAAGGUUUAAAAGAAUUGGAAAUUGUUCACAGGAAUGGAAAUACAAGUAGGAGCAGUAAAGAAUCUUCAUAUCCACCCUUACCUAAGUCACCAACAGAAUCUUGGCUUUGGCGUACACUGCCUUCAGUUUCUCCGCGAAGCAAUAUUGACAAUAUAGAUAAGAGUCCAAGGGCUGCUACUAAUCCUGCUAUCAGACGGGAGGUCACUGUGAAAUCUUGCAAUGAGAACCUUAGUAACAACUCCUAUUAUUUUGAGGAACUUGUUCCUCAUGGCUCUCACCUUUGGUAAGAGCCACUCAAUGUGGAAGUGUUCACUUCAAAUACUGCAAGUUUCUUUUUAUCUAGUCAUUGAAAGUGGCUUUUCUUGGUCAUGUUUAGUACCAAAAAUUAAGGUGCCACAUUCCUUUUUUUUUGACAUACUAGAACUCCCUCUCUGAGGUUUUUGUUUAGGGGGAGGGCGUAAAAGAGAGAAUGAUGUUUUAUUGUUUUGGAGUACUUAGUUCAGCAAUUCAUAGCUUUUGUUUGGACUCUUCGAAUGACAUUGUGGGGAGCCAAGAAAUUCCUAGUUUUAUAACUUAGUUGAGUUUUGAUUCAUUUCAAAUUAAUUUUCUGUUUCCUCGAGUGGGA